AUGGAUCAAUACUCAAAUUAUGGUGGUCAACAAGAACCACCUUCAAAUUAUGAAUAUCCACAAUACAACGAUCCGUAUGGCCAAGGUGGUGGCAAUGAAAGUUAUGAAGGAUUAGGUGGUAGCGGAGCUAAUGCAAGUGGUGGUACUAAUUACGGUCAAGAUUUAACAUCGGAUAAUUCAUCAUUGUCGUCUGUUCCACCGCCACCAUUUGAUUAUAAGGGUCAGAUGUCAUUUCUUUGGGCUCGUCUGAUGAAGACGAAGAAGAAAUUAAGCUAA